GUUCCAUAUAUUUCCUGACUGUAUCAUUCCAAUAAAACCAUUACUUGUUUGUGAUUUAUUUAUAAACCCUUAAUUCUCGUGUAAAUAUCUACCAUCACCCAUAACUUCUCACAUAAUUAAACUUAUGAAUAUUCUAAAAGUAUCAACAUUUUACAGUCUAUUAGAUUUCAUGUGAAAAUCUUAACACUACUGAUUUAUCCAGUAGGUUUAAAACUGGUGGAAUCUUUUGAAAGUGUACUGUAUUAUUAUCAUAUAAACAAAUGCAUCGUCACAUUGAAUAAAUUAGGUUAAAGUGUGAAGCAAUCAUCAUUAAAGUGUUCAUUUAUUUAGCUGCUUUGCACAUAACUAUUUGCUACUGUGAUACUAUCAAUUUAAUCACGAUUGACGGAGAAGAUCGGGAAGAUGUAAAAACCUUUACAUAUUUAGGCAGCAUCAUUGAUGAACACGGUGGAUCUGAUGCAGAUGUGAAAGCGCGGAUCGGAAAAGCAAGGGCAACAUAUUUACAACUGAAGAACAUCUGGAACUCAAAACAACUGUCAACCAACACCAAGGUCAGGAUUUUCUAUACAAAUGUCAAGAAAGUUCUACUGUAUGGGGCGGAAACCUGGAGAACUACGAAAGCCAUCAUCCAGAAGAAACAGGUGUUUAUUAACAGUUGUCUAUGCGCAAUACUUCGGAUCCGUUGGCCGGACACUAUUAGCAACAACCUACUGUGGGAGAUUAUUUAUUUAUUUAUUUUAACAUAGAGAUAUUGGUACAAGGAGGCACCAAAUACAUAUGCGCCACACAGAUCUCAUUUGAUAUGUGUGAGGGCUGUGAUACUGCCCGGGUGCCCAAACCGAAGCAGAUGGUUUUCCUAGAGGGCCACAUCCCGAGCCUUUUACCUGAAAGUCUAAUCCACAAGUCAGUGGAGCAUCGUAAUGAGAUGCAGUCCCAUGGUAGCCGGUGACCAACGAUUGGUUUAUACACCUUUUUUCCUUAGGAUACUAGAGCCCACGUGCACCAUUGGUCUGGAAUCAGAGUUUUCCAACUCCCGGAGGUGGAUCCUCCGUACCCACCAACCCGGUUAAAGAGUCGGACAAUUUUUUGUCCUCUUAAUUUCGUAAACAACACCUAGCUGCGAGGAGGCAGUGAGUAGGACUUCCCUGGGAGUAUCUGUAUACGCAGGACCAUGUGAGAGCAUUUAGAGAGCGGGCUUUCCUCACUCUCGGCCGUACCAGGGCAUUUGGAGAGAGAUCAAACCAGAUCCCAUUGGAGGAAGAAAUCAGGAAGAAGCGCCCAAAGUGGAUAGGACACACAUUGAGGAAAGCGCCCAACUGCAUGAAAAGGCAAGCCCUCACAUGGAAUCCUCAAAGGCCAAAGGAAAAGAGGAAGAUCAAAGAACACAUUACGCCGGGAAAUGGAGAUAAACAUGAGAAAAAUGAACAAGAAUUGGAUGGAACUAGAGAAGAAGGUCCAGGACAGAGUGGGUUGGAGAAUGCUGGUCGGCGGCCUAUGCUCCAUUUGGAGUGACAGGCGUAAGUAAGUAAGUAAGUACUGUGAUACUAUCUGAUUAUUUACAACAAAUUUUCUCUAAUCUCUUGUGUAUUGAUAAUUUCAUAUGUGGUUGCCCUCUGUUCAAAAACUAACUUGCUAGUUACAAUACUUAACCUUCAGCCACUAGCUUGUUAGUGUAAAUCCCGCUCUCAAACUUUCACUUAGUCGCUAGACCCUUAGUUAAGUGCAUAAAUUUGCAUUCGGCCACGAAAUUGCAUUAACCAUUAAAUUCGUUAAUCUCAUUGCUGUUGGAAUUCCAAGCAUGCUGAAGUUCAUUUCAAAUGUAUUCUUGAAUUAGAAUGAAUAUUGAGUUAAAUUAGAGCUCUGUGUAUAACUUUUGUAGGUUAUAAAAAGGAAGUAAAGCCAUGAUAUAUCGAAAUUACCUCUGUGACAUAUAGAAUGAUGUAGAAAUAGAAAUUAAUGAACGAAAUGCUUAACUUAUGGCAAUUUGUUGUAUUGAUUGGAUAAAGGUAUAUAAGAUCUAUUUUUAUUGCUUCAAUAAACUCAAAGAUUUAUAUGAGAUCAUAAACCGAUCAAUUUUAGGCCACCAUUGAUAACCUGGAAGCACUAAACAGGCAUUUUAUUCUAGUGAGAAGCUGUGACCAGUGAAGUUCAACCAUGUCGGAUGUGACGCAGUCACCUACCGAAGACAAUCGAAGAUUGUUGCGCAACACCAUGGACUGGUUGAAGCUAGACAUUUACACCGUUGAAUGUCGGCUCAGCGUUUGCGCGAGACCAAAGGUCCCAUACCCAGUCCCACGUUUGGGAUCGUGGACGCGCACUUCUUAGGGGUCCCAUACUAGGAAAAAUGGCCUUCUAGUACUUCCAGGUUUUUAUUGGUGGUUUAACAUUGAUCAGUUCGUGAUCUCAAUCAAAACUCAACUAUCUCCACAACCCUAUAGUGAAGGUCAAAGAUUUGAAGCAAAAGUACAUACCAUCGACGUUAUACAGUGAAUUAAUAGAUUUAUAUGCACAAUUAUACUAGAAUAUAUCAUACAUUUUGCUUUCUAUUUUUGAAUUUAAAUUUUUGAUUUCCAAAAUUUGGACCUGCUUUAUCGAUUAUUUUUUUGCAAAUAUGUGAAUAAUUCAACCUUCUCUUACAUGAAACGAUGCUCAACGUACAUACUUUCUUGAUAAUAUCAAUUCUAGACCAAAAUCAAGUUGAUGAAUACAAAGCACGCGAAGCAGAACAGUUAUUACUGAAAUCUAAUCAUAAUUCCGACUCUGACCCGCCGGGAUCAAAAUCGACUAGAUAUGAACAAUCGACACAUAGUGACUCUAUUCGUAAAACAUCGAAUAUCUCGAAAGAGGAUAAGCCACUUAAAUGUGAACCAAAUAGACCAUCUGGUGGUAUAUCUUGGUUAAGACCGAAAUUAAUUGUUCGAUGUUUAGAUCGAAAUUAUUGUGGUGGAAAAUAUAAUAAAGAGAAGUUAAUUAUUAUUUCUAUCGACGGUAGUCGAUGCAGUUGUAAAACAGAAUCUGGUCAGAUAAUCGAAGGUCUUCCUAUAAAGCAUUUACAAACAAUUAUACCGCAUGAAAUGAAUUCAGUUUUAAUGAUUGUAAACGGAGAAAGAAGUGGUCAGCUUGCACGAUUAAUUAGACGUGAUAGUCGUAACCAAUUAGUGGAUGUAAAAACUCGAUCUGGAAUCCCUUUGCAAUAUCAUUUCGAUUGUGGAAUUUUAAAAAUGACUGAUUUUAAUGAUUUAAAAUUAUUAAAUAAGAAAUUAAAUUGUGAAUUAGUUAACAUGAGGAAGAAGAAGAAGAAAAUCCGUCAAUCAAAAACUGAUAGUGGAUGGGGUUGGAUCAUAGUCACAUCGUCAUUCAUCAUUCAGUUAAUAAUUGAUGGAACUUUUGGUGGAUUUGGAGUUUUAUACGUUUCCUUACGAAAUGAUCAGGCAUUCAUCAAUGAAAAUUACUCACAAACAAUAUUAUCAAUGCCGGGAACCAUUCAACCUGGAUUUUUUCUCUGCACUGGUGCUUUUGUCAGUCCACUUAUUCAAAUGUUUGGAUUUCGUAUUAGUGGUUGUUUUGGAGCUUUAUUACUUGGUCUUGGAAUGUCAAUAGCAAGUUAUCUAACUAAUAUGCAUGCUAUAACAAUAUUUUAUGGAAUGAUAUCAGGUUCAGCUUUUGGCAUUCUAAUGGUAUGCGCUAUAGUCUCAGUCAAUUAUUAUUUUGAUCGUUAUCGUGGCUUAGCAUCAGGCUUAGCAAUGUCUGGUGCAGGUGUCGGUACAUUAUUAAUACCAGUUUUCUACAACUGGAUUAUACCGAUUAAAGGCUGGCGUUCUAGUUUAUUAUUGUAUUCAUUGGGUGCAAGCUUAUUAACAGCACUGGCUUCAUUGACACUUAAGCCAUUUAUAACAAGUGAUGAUCCCGUAUUAACUGAACAAUCCACUGAUGUGGAAAAUCCGGAACACCUUACAUCUGAUCAAAUGUUGCUUAUGAAAACGAUCCCGAAAAUUACUUACGUAAAUGAUGAUGUAACUAAUUUGCCUGAAAAAAAUCAUAAUAGAACUGUUGAUAUAACUGCCAUUCAUUCAGAUUGUAAACCUGGUGAUUCUGUAUGUGAUUUUAAUGGAGAAAAAAAAGAAAGAAAGCUUUCUAUUGGAUUUACAGAUGCUUUACGCCAGUAUUUAUUAAAUCAAAAAGGACCAACAAUUUUGUCGGAAACUAACAACGAUGCGGAAGAUGCAGAGUCUAUGGUUGGUUCAAGAUUAUGGAAAUCAAGUCAAGGAUUCAAAAGACAACAGUCAUCAUAUAUUCGUCAUCAUAGUCAGUUAUGUCAACCUGCUCAGUCUAACCAACAACAGAAACAAAGUCACAACAAACUCCCAAGACAAACAACACAGACAACAGUUGCAGCUACAAACGAUUAUAUCCAUUCAAGUUAUAAUUUAUCAUCGACGAGAAAGUCUAGACGAAAGUUUGCCAGUCAAAUAUAUACCCUUCUUGACAAACCAGAUGCAUUUUAUUCAGCGAGUUUAACAAAUUUAAAUCCUAAAAUUACUCAAACUUUUAAUGAACACAAAAAAUCUACAGCUUCCUCAAUAAAUGUAAGGGCAUAUUCAAAGUAUCCAAUAGCAUCUAAAUCAUCUUUAAUCAUUUCUUCUGAAACAGUGAAUAAAAAUCAAAUUAUUAAUGAGUUAACUGAUAGUAAUAUUUCUUCAUUUCAAUCAUUUCCUAUUGCACCAUUGAAUCAACAGCAUCAAGAACAAAAUCACGAAGAAUUUCAUUCUUUGGAUAAUUCGAUACAUAAAUCAUCUCAUAAUGAUAUAUAUCCUAAAUCCAGUAUUAUUGAAACAAGUAUUCCGGAAGAAAACCUACUGACUACUAAUAAUACAAAAAAUAGCACAGAACCCUACUCACCAGUAUCUAAAGUGAACACAAUUAAACAAAAUCUAGUAUUAUUUGGAUUUGGAAUAAUAAAAUUAUUUGAUUUAAGCUUAUUCACAGAAAUCUCAUUUUUAUACUUAGUAGGUAUUGGUGUUACAAGUCAGCUGGCAUAUUUUAUUCCAUUUGUCUAUUUAAUUGAUUAUACAGUUAGUUAUGGGAUGGAACAAGAUAGUGCUGUUUUAAUCGUUAUGAUAUUAAGUAUAUUCCACACACUUGGUCGAAUAGCAUCUGGUAUUAUGUCAAAUGUUUUUCAUUUAGAUUCGGUAUAUUUAAGUGGACUAGCAACUUUCGGUGGUGGGCUAGCACAUGUAUUUCUCGUUUUUAUAAUUCCACAUACAUUUACGUGGUAUUCUAUAUAUGCCAGCAUUUAUGGCCUAUGUAGUGGUAAGU